UAGGAUACAUUUCGAUCCAUGCUUGCAAAAAUGAUUGUGUGUUGUACUGGGCUGAACAUAAAGAUAAACAAGAGUGUCCACAUUGUGGUACUUCGAGGUGGAAAAUUGAUAAUGGAAGGAAUAAAAAGAUUCCUCAUAAAGUCUUGCGCUAUUUUCCGUUAAAGCCGAGACUUCAAAGGCUAUUUAUGUCUAAAAAAACAAGUGUGGACAUGAGGUGGCAUAAAGAAAAACAUCUUGAUGAAGAGAAUGUGUUACGGCAUCUCGCUGAUUCUGAAGCGUGGAAAGAGUUGACAAGAAUCAUAAGUGGUUUGCACAAGAACCUCGUAAUAUAAGACUCGGUCUUGCAACUGAUGGUUUUAAUCCAUUCGGUAACAUGAGCACAUCGUAUAGUAUGUGGCCUGUCAUUCUCGUUCCUUAUAAUCUUUCCCCUUGGAAAUGUUUUAAGGACCCAUUCAUGAUGAUGUCAUUGCUUAUUCCUGGUCCUCAAGCACCUGGAAAAGAUAUUGAUGUUUAUUUGCGUCCUUUGAUUGAUGAUUUGAAAGAGUUAUGGAGUGAUGGUGUAGAGACACUUGAUGCAUCAACUGGGGAGUGCUUUAAGAUGCAUGCCGCUGUUUUAUGGACCAUAAAUGACUUUUCAGCUUAUGGGAAAUAGAUACAGAGUUCGAACACAGGACCCCCUAGAAACAGGACAGAAAGCCCCAGUUCUAGUACUUCAAUCAUCUUUACAUAGGCACUACAAAGCUAAAACAGCCUAAGGAUAAAAAUUAAACCUCUCACGCUGUUUUGCUAGUCGAGAUGUUGGUGUCCCUCUACAAUGGAUAUCUUGGAUGAUCUGGCCUCAGCAAUGUGUCUUCUGUCCUCUUUGUGUUCUGAAAUAGUCUUUGAUUCCUCUCCUGCCUUAGGUAAUUUAUCUGGAUGGAGCACUAAGGGAUACAUGGCAUGUCCUACUUGCAAUAAGGAUGCACCUUCACAGAGGGUAAGAAGUAAAAUUUGUUACAUGGGUCACCAUCGGUAUCUUGAAGCUAGCCACCCAUGGAGAAGAAGCAAGAAAUUUGAUGGGAAGACAGAAAAAAGAAUAAAACCAAAAGAGCUCUCAGGAGAUGAUGUCUUGCAACAAUUGGAUUUACUCAGUACUUAUAAACCAGGAAAACACUCAAAUAAUAAGAAAAAUAAACGUGUUCCUGAAGAGUUGAAUUGGGUGAGGAGAAGUAUUUUAUUUGAGUUACCAUAUUGGAAGAGCUUGAAGUUGCGGCAUAAUUUAGAUGUCAUGCACAUAGAAAAGAACAUUUGUGAGAGUAUUCUGGGGACUUUAUUAAAUAUUGAUGGGAAAACUAAGGACACAUAUAAAGCAAGACAAGAUCUUAAGGAUAUGAACAUAAGAAAAGAACCAUGGUUGCAACAUGAUGGUUCUAGUUGUACAAUGCCAGCUGCUUGUUAUAAUAUGUCAAAAAAAAGAGAAAAAAAAAGUUUUGGGCAUUUGUAAAAGAUGUUAAAUUUCCUGAUGGUUAUGCUUCAAAUAUCUCAGGGUGUGUAAGUGAGGAUGAUGGUAAAAUAAGUAGACUCAAAAGUCAUGACUAUCAUGUCCUGUUACAACGAGUGCUACCUAUUGCUAUUCGUGGAUUUGAAAAUAAAAAUGUCUCUUCAUCAUUGAUUGAGUUAGGCGAUUUCUUCCAACGAUUAUGUUGUAAGACAUUGAGACGAGAUGACUUAGAACAACUUGAAAGGGAUAUAAUUGUUAUAUUAUGUAAGCUUGAGAUGAUCUUUCCACCUGCUUUUUUCGAUGUUAUGGUACAUUUGGCUGUGCAUUUACCACGAGAGGCUAUGUAUGGGGGACCAGUACAAUAUCGUUGGAUGUACAAAAUUGAGAGGUUCUUGUGCAAGCUUAAGCGUUAUGUGCGAAACAAGGCACGACCAGAAGGUUCUAUUGCAGAAGGCUAUAUUAUUGAUGAAUGUUUGACAUUUUGCUCUAUGUAUCUUACCGGCAUCGAAACUAGAUUUAAUCGUGAAGAUCGAAAUGAUGAUGGAUCUAGCAAGAAAGAUGAACCUGUUCUAGACAUAUAUUCAAAGAGUGCUAGACCAUUUGGAGAUGGAGAUUAUGAUGCCAUACCAAGGAAAGAUCUUGAUAUGGCUCGGUGGUAUGUGUUGAAUAAUUGCGAAGAAGCAGAAUAUUUUCUUCAAGAGCAUAAAGAAGAGUUGGUGAAACAAGAUGUUGGGAAUAUAGAAGAGAAACACAGAGAACAAUUUCCUUUAUGGUUUAAAAGGAAAAUUUUGAAAUUAUAUAAUAAGGACAAGUCAAUGUCUAUCAAGAAAUUAUAUCCUUUGGCAAUGGAAUCUGAUGUGCGUGGAAGAAAACAUACUGGCUAUGUUAUAAAUGGUGUUAGGUAUCUUAUUCAACGACGCGAUGAAUUACGUAAAAGUCAGAAUUGUGGUAUAGUUGUUGCAGGCUAUCAUGAAAAUGAGUUGAUUGAUUUUUAUGGUAUUAUAACUGACAUCAUUGAGUUAGAGUAUGUUGAUGAGAAUCGAGUUUUUCUAUUUAAAUGCAAGUGGUUUGAUCUUCGCAAGAAAACAGGGAUGCAAAAAGAUAAACAUUUUACGAGCAUAUGUGUUAAAAGAUUUUGGUAUGAACAUGAUUCUUUCGUACUAGCUACUCAAGCAAAACAAGUAUUUUACAUUGAUGACCCAAAAUUGGGGGAAAAUUGGCGAAUUGUGCUCAAAUUUCAAGAUAGACACUUAUAUGAUGUCCCGGAGAAGGAAAAUUCAGAGACAGAAAGUGAUGAGUCGCAUAUUACAAAUAAUGAUGUGUAUCAAGACAUGUCACUUGAAAGUAAUUCGAUUGUCAAUGAUACGGUGGAUAUGUUGAGUAAACUACAUAGAGAUGAUGUUGAACCGAUUACCCUGUAUACAAAUGUAAUUGAAUUGGAGGCUCAAACAAAACCAGAAGUUGAAGUUGAUUAUAUCGAAGAAGAUUCUGACCAAGAGGAUGAGACUAUGGUAGAGUACAUAAGUGAUAAUGAGGAGAAUGGAGGUAAUACUAGUACUAAUGACGAUGAAGCUGAUAGCACAGGUGAUGGCGACGACAUUGGCUUGUGAUGUAAUCUCAUAAUAGUAAGGUAUAACAUCCCUUAUGUGUCCUCAGCCAGUGGUGGUGACAUGAUCCUCCAAGUGAUGUAGAUGGUGAACCUACAUCACCCAUGGACACAAGAAGAUCAUCCGGUGGUAGUAAUCCUAAUGACAACUAUUAAAGUUCGUUGAAUUUGGAUUAAAUAUAUGAAAAUGUGAUUGUGUGGUUAGAAUGGAUGUUAGAAUGGCUGGAGUGAAUAUUGGGUUUAAAUUUAGUUUGUAAGGCUGAUGAUCGUACUUUAUGAUGAUAUUUUUGUGUUGUUAAAAUAUGUUGAUAUUUCUUAUAGUUAAUAUGCCUUUUUGGGUUUGAUUAUGAGGUCUAUAGGUUAAUAUGCCUUUUUAGAUUUGAAAUGAAUUUGGGGAGCCAUUUCUUAUGCUCAAAGUGGCGAGAAAUGUGAUAAAGUUGAAUCACGUCGUGCCACGAUGUUAAAUGUGGCACUUGAUGGGAGACAACCUAUCGAUUUCAAAAUUCUUAGUCGUUUUUUGAAAUUUUCUUUUUUAGAAUAGUUUAUUAUAUUAUUUUUUACUAAUAUACCAAGUUUCAUGUUAUUUGGAAUUAAUUGGACAGGUUUAAGGGGUUGAAGUUGGUUAAAAUAGUGCAAAACUUUUCUUGGUUAAAAUAGUGCAAAAGUUUUCUUGCUUAAAACAGUGCAAAGUUCUCUGCCAGUUACAUGGAGGGCAGGCACAAAGAAGUCGCAAAGUGUUUUGUGGUUCAGAUGGUUUGCCUUAUUUUGGGUCCAAGUAAGUGUUAGACCAUUCACCUCUCCUAUUUAUUUCACUGUAACUCCCAGUUCCCCGACUCCCCUACACCUUUCACGACCACGAGGUAUGCUCCUCUUCUCUUCUCUUUAUCUCCCUCUCCCUUGCUUUCUCUUUGCUGGCAGAAUUUUGUUUUCAUCAUUUCUAUACCUGUGGUUUCUUUGUGUGGAAUUUAGAUAACAAAUCGUGAGAAUCUGGUGCUGUUGUUUGAUCGUGAUGAAUAUAUGAUUGUUGAACUAUAAUUACCACUUUUGGGGAGGGUAACUCUAUUAUCCCGUUGUCACAAAAAAGUUGGUUAAAGUUAUGCACAUAACCGGUUCGAUAUAUUGUCUGAAAGACGAUUUCAUUCGCCAAUGAAGUCUAGGUAACCAGGUGAAAUUAGGAGAUGCGUAGAAGUGCGUUUUGGGUAGUGCCGGUUGGCUUUAAAGUGUUCUGUUAAGAUUUGACCAAUUUAUAAGGAAAUGAAAAUUGGGGAGAGGAAAAGUGUUACACGGAGCAGUAUGCUAAUCUAUAGCCAUGAAUUUUGAAUUGCUGAAUUGCAUUCUUUUAUUUGUUUUCUUGAGUUGAGCCUUUGAUAAACAUGAUCUUCAUUUUAUUGUAUGAUCAAUGAAUUCUGUCAGUAAACUGAAUGGUCAAUCACUGUGGUAAGCACCUGCAUGUAGCUUACGGCGAUUCUGGAAUUCAUUGUUUCCGGAAAAAUGUGCACGGUUAAGGGCACAUGAAAAGUUUAUGUGCGCCAACUUUUGAAAUUCUAUUUUCUGAAAAUAAGUAGACAAUGAAUAGUGAUGUUCCAAAAUUCACUUGUUUCUGAAGGUCCUUUUUAGAUGCGCUUAAUUUUAAUUUCCCAUUCUGACAAAGAUGGUCAUUAUAGGUGACAGAGUGUGCUAUCCUUUAAAAGAAAAGUAUUACAAUUCUAAAGUGAAAAUCGUGUCUAUAUGUAAUAAUGUAAAUGUGUGGUAUACCUUUUCCACUUAAUAUAAUCUGAGUAAGACAACAGGAAUAGAGGAAGGCAUAAACAAUUAGUCUACUGCUUCUUGGAUUGUGUUUUGCUAGUAGUUUUUAUGCUUUAGAUCCUAGCUUCUGUGGGAGUAAUAUCUCCAUCCGUGCAAGAAACUCUUAUUGUUCACAUAGCUUGUUUUAAUAUUUGAGGAUCUAGUACAUCUUACAACAUGUUUGAGGUCAAAAUAUAUGCUUGUGAGGAUUGGUUUGCACCUGAUGCUUGUAUGAUGAGCCUAGAAAAACAUCCUUGGGAGUUGGGAGAGUUGUAGCAUCUCACUACUUAUGCUAUAUUUUGCUUCCCUGUAGCAUUACUUUAAAGAUAUCAAAGUAGUAUAAUGUUUUAAAUACCUGUUUCUAUAAUAUAUAAAUCGCUAUAUUGAACUUAUAGCUAAUUUUCUUUUGUUUGUGGAAAUACAGGACCAACAACAAGCUUGUAAGACAAGACGAAGCAGAGCCAUUCAUGGGCUUGGGUCGUUUUGCUCGAGCCUAUUUGCUGGGAUACAACUGCGAUGAUGAGAAAGAAUUGGAAGCGGCUUUGCGCUUUUGCUGAUUUAACUGUUUAUUACCGCCGAAGGAUGUUGUGGGUUGUUAAGGAUCCUUUCACCUUGAACCAGAGGUCUCGAGUUCUAAUUUCGGAAAUGAGGAUCAUCUCGGUAGGAAGCACUCACCCACCCCCCUCCUAGCGGGCCUUCUCGGCGCGUUCGGAUUAGUCGGGUGGAUCUUCAGCAUGUUCAAAAAUGGAACAAUUUACAGUUUUGUUUAUCAUGUAAUUAUGACUUGUAUAAUUUAAGUUAAAAUUUUAAAAUCUUAUAUAGUUUUUCACUUAAUAUUCUGCA